AUGCAACAUGUCGACUAUUCAUUGAUAGCCAUUCGGAUUGGAAGGUACGUUGUAAGACAUAUGAUGAGAGUUCACAGUAAAGAAAAAGAGGAUAAAAAACCGCUGGAAUGCUCCAUAUGCGGCAAGAAUUUCCCGCGUCUUUCUCAUCUUCAACGCCAUCAACUUAUCCAUAUCAAGGAACGAGAGUGGGGAUGUCCGUUUUGUGAGCAGAGUUUCGUACAAAAG